GCUCCUAUUUAUUUCAAAAACGCGAAUGCCUUCUCCGAUUCGUGUACCAAUAGCAAUGCUCGCCACGUUCCGCGCGCAGACAUCCUUGAAGCCCCACGGCGGCCUGUUCAGACUUCUCCUCUCGACAAAUCCGCCGCCCAACAGGCAUUCUGUUAUGCUUUCUCCGUCGUGGGUUCCAUCCAUUCCGUCCGGUAGAACCACCACUACCACGACCAGCAGUGGCAAAGAGAGAGUUUAUUCCUCAGCAAGAGUACAGAACAUGUCUUCUUCUUCUUCCGUAAAAAGUGUUGUGGUUCCAACAAUGGCUAAUGAGGAUCGCCACGUCGAUGGAGGAGUGAAGGAAGAGAUCAAAUUGUUAAAUGCAACAGAGGAUUGGUUUGGGGGAUUGACUGUGGUAGCGAGUGAGCAUACGCAAGUUGCGGAUUUCAUGCCUCGACUGAGACAUUCCAUCUCCAAAUGGAAGGAACAGGGAAGGAGAGGACUUUGGAUAAAGUUGCCAAUUAACCAGUCUCACCUAGUGGAUCCAGUAGUUAAGGAAGGGUUUAGGUUUCACCAUGCUGAAUCUGAUUAUGUGAUGCUUGUGCGUUGGCUGCCUGAAGACGAACCUGAUACUCUUCCAGUCAACGCCUCUCAUCGAGUUGGUAUUGGGGCACUUGUGCUUAACGAAAACAAAGAGGUAUUGGUAGUCAUGGAGAAGAAUGGAGGUUUCAAAGGCACAGGGUUCUGGAAGAUGCCAACUGGUGUAGUUGAUGAGGGUGAAGACAUCUAUGCAGCUGCAGUAAGAGAAGUGAAAGAAGAAACGGGAAUUGAUGCCGAAUUUGUCGAAAUUUUAGCAUUCAGGCAAAGUCACAAGUCGUUCUUCAGCAAAUCAGACAUGUUUUUUGUCUGUAUGAUGCGUCCACUUUCUUCAAACAUCACUGCUCAGGAAUCAGAGAUUGCUGCAUCUAAGGUGAGUGGUUCUUCCAACUUUGUCUAAUAUGCUUUGUUAACGGUUAGAAACAAAGUUUCUAACGGGUUUGGGAUUAGGGAAUUAGCUAGAUCAAUUAGGAAUUGAUCUGGCUAGGGAUUGGGAAUUGAAGAAUUGAGACAGAGAGGGGAAAGGGGAGCAGCUGCUGCUGCCGAAUUUGGGAGGGGAAGAGGGGAAGAGAAAUGCAGGAAGAGGGAGAAGAGAGAGUAGGUUUAGUUUUUUGAUAUUUUAUUCCUUAAUGCAAAAAUAACUCCCUACUGCAGAUUAUAUAAUCCGCAUAAUUCCUAUUUCCUACCCAAACAAUAAAACAUAACAAUCGAC